CUUUAAUAGUAAAGAGGAAAGAACGUAUAAUGUCAGAAAAAUUCAAACGCAAGCUUGCUGCAGUUUGCCUAUUGUGGACAUUGAUUAUACAGAAUGAAGGGACUACAAUUCCUUCUACAGAAUCAUUGGAAAAAGAGAAAGCUGUAUCAUUUUUAAACUCCAAUUCUAAAGAAACGAAGCAGUCCGUACAGGAAAUGUGUGCUGACGACUACUCAUUUUGUGCGAAUAACCAUGGAACAUGUCUGUAUGAAGAUGCUUUUGAGCACAGAUGUACUAAGUGCUCCAUCUUCCAAUCGUGUUAUGCAGAUUACUCAACUGGAACUUUUCAUGGCAACACCAACAAUUGCUACGACUGGGCACCAAGUUUCUGCCACAAUGUUCCAAGUUUUAAGCAGGGGAAAGGAUCGUUUGUGAUUCUUAUGGUCCAGACGUUUAUAAUAUUGCUGCUGAUUAUCACCAUCAUUAUUGUGUGCGUGAAAUGCAGAAAAAUAAAACGUCAGAAAGUAUCAGAUAUCAAGGAAAAUGAUGCACACACAAAGGAUAAUGAUAACAAGUUGUCGAAAGAGAACAAGAGAGGCGAGGGUCAGGUCUACUAUAAUGCUUCAGACGAUCGUACAGAUAUAAAACGCCAACCGGAAGCUUGGAAGGAGACUGUCGUAGUUCCGGAUGAGGAUUAUCCCAUACCUGCUCACAACAUAAAACGAAAUCAAGUGGCUCCUGUUAGAACCCAGACAUAUAACUACGUGGAUGAUAACUUUGAAGAUCAGCAGUCUGUUCCCCCAGUAAGUACUGAAUAUAGACAGACUGGUAAUAGGAGAUAUGUCAAGACUCCGAGGUAUGGUCGGAAUGGCGAACAAAGGACACAUUACCAUGAUUCUGGGAAUGCCAUAGAAGUACAUCAAAAUGUGCAUGCAUCUGACCAACCAAUAAUGGUUCAGGAAACCCACAACACUGUAUCAAAUGUACAACAACAAAACCAAGUUGCCUACCAACAACGACAACCAGUUCAAAACAUUGUUACUAACAAUUACAAUCCGACACAACAAAAUAGUCAACAACAAGCAGCCCCACUACAAAUCGUGCAACAGCCAACAAUGAUUCAGGCACAACCCAAUUUACAGCAAAACAUGCCACAACAAUUCUCGACAACCAAUCAACAAUCAGCAACAAAUUUUCAACAACAACAGAAUGUACCACAACUGCAACAACAACCAACGAUGAUGGCAGUUCAACUACCACAGAUCACAAAUCAAUAUGUACCAUCCGUACAACCUCAGCCUGUUAUUGGAAAUGUUACAACCCAACAACCACAACAGGACUAUAGUUCAGGAUUCAUAGCCAACAACCCUCCUUUACAACCGCAAUGAGGCAUUCAAAAUGGUGUUCAAAACACCGAGUUUCAAUAAAAUAUAGAUUAUUCAAAACCGCCACGUUAAUUUAAUUACAAUAUUUAUCCAUUCUUUUAUUUUUUAAAUGUGGUAACCGAUAGUAUAUAAAUAGUGUAGACAUCCAUUGGCCAAAUUUGAAUAAUCUGUUUCUCUAAUGAAUUAUGAUUAGUGAUUGGAUAUGGCGGGAAAUUAUACGUGACAAAUCAUAAAUGGUUUAAAAUUAAAAUGCAUACAACAUAAGAGAAUUAUAACUUUAAGUUAUCACAUUUCACCCAUUCUGGUAAAAUAUUUGAAUCAACUCAAGUACCGCGUAACCGUCAUAUGUUUCAAAAAAAUCAUAACUGUAUAUUCAUAGACGACGCAACCACGCGGAAAUCACAACAUUUAUUAAUUCAUUUUAUUUUUAAAAACCACGAGUUAAAAUUAAUGGAUAUAAUAUGUAUUUGAUUUUUUUAAAAUGAAUGUCGAUGCUGUUUAUUGUGUAACUAUGCGUUCUGUAUUUACUAAAUCUUCAUAUACAUAGUUGAAAUAAAGAUUCAUUUACUUUUGGUCAUUCA